CCUGAAGGCCAAUCCAAACCUAAUUAGAUUCCAGCACCAUCACAAGUGCUGUAGCUACUAUGGAAGCAGUAGCAAGAAGAAAAGCAGCUGCCUAUGUCUGCAGGAGUUGUACCCGGCAAUUCCAACGACAACUUCGACGAAACUACUCGAACUCUGCCCCACGACCUGACAUCUACGAUGUGGUGUGUGUUGGCGGAGGACCGGCAGGUCUGAGUCUCUUGACUGCCCUGCGUGCGAAUCCCGUCACUUCCCACCUCCGAGUUGCCCUAGUCGAAGCCCAGGAUCUAUCCAAAGUCAAGUCAUGGAAGCUACCGCCAAACAAGUACUCGAACCGAUGCAGCUCCCUCACCCCCACAUCCGCCUUCUUCCUUGACCAGAUUGGUGCCUGGGAACAUCUCGAUCAAACCAGAGUCCAACCGUACCACGAAAUGCAAGUAUGGGACGGCGUCACGGAUGCUCGGAUCGAAUUCGACUGGGCCCCCGGUUCGGCUCCGGUAGAAGGAACUACCAUCGCUUACAUGAACGAGAACCUCAACCUCACAUCCGGACUACUUAAGCGACUGGAGGAGCUCGGUGGCGUAUCGGUAUUUGAGGGUGCCAAAGUUGAGAACAUUACCUUUGGCGAGGAGACGGAGGACCUGGAUCUAAGUCAAUGGCCUGUCGUACACAUUUCUGGAGGCAAGCAGCUUACUGCCCGCCUUCUGGUUGGAGCCGACGGAGCAAACAGCCCAGUUCGUGCUUUCGCUGGUAUCGAUGCGAAGGGUUGGGACUACAACAGACACGGCGUGGUGGCCACACUAGAGAUGGAGGGCGAGGGCUGGGGCGGAGAGCACACCAAGAUUGCCUACCAGAGAUUCCUUCCCACCGGCCCAGUUGCUAUGCUUCCCAUGCCUGGAAACUAUUCGACACUUGUCUGGUCUACAACCGCCGAGAAUGCCUCAUUACUCAAGAGCCUCUCGCCCAAGGAUUUUGUGGCGAUGGUGAACGCAGCAUUCCGUCUGAGCCCAGUGGAUCUGGCCUUCAUGCACACCCAAGGGGCGGAUCAAGAUGAUGAAUAUUCGUGGAGGUUACAACACACAUCCUUCAACCCGCGGGCGAUUCCACAGACCGUCGUUGGAGUUCAAGAAGGCACGGUUGCCUCAUUCCCAUUGAAGAUGCGCCACGCCGAUACCUACAUCGGAGAGCGUGUUGCUUUGGUGGGAGAUGCUGCUCAUACCAUUCACCCGCUGGCAGGCCAGGGCCUGAACCAGGGCCAAGGCGAUGUGCAGAGCCUGGCCAAGACGAUCGAAUUUGCCGUCACCCAUGGACAGGAUAUCGGAAGUAUCAUGUCACUCGAGUCCUAUGUAUCGGAACGAUACACAGCAAACCAUGUGCUCCUUGGGGUCGUUGAUAAGCUUCAUAAGCUCUAUUCUGCCGAAAGUGGCCCGUUAGUGCCCUUGAGGUCACUGGGCCUGAAUGCCGUUAAUGCUCUUGGGCCGUUAAAGAGCUUCUUCAUGAAGCAGGCUGCGGGAAGCGGCACCAAGCUCUUCUGAGCUCCGCCCCUCCAUUUUCAAACAGGAUGGGCAGCUUUUGGAGUAGUGUAUAUUUACUUGUACCAACUUUAGCCAUGUGUCAUGUAUCACCAUACCCCGUACGAGUUUGCUUCUAGGGGACAACUGAACCGAUCUUCCGCGAGAUCAUUGGUAAAGCGGAGCCUCAAGACCCCUCAAUAACGCUGCGAGACGGACCUGUUC